AUGAAAAGCUUCUGCGAAAGCGUAUCUGCGAGUCGCAUGUGCACACACUCAGCUCGCAGGGCAGCAUCAGCAGGAGCUAAAGCAGCAGGAGUAGCCACAUACACAUGCAGCGUAAUGUGCCUGAGUAGCUGUGGACGAUUUUGGACUGCCGUGCAAAUCCUGUGGAGUACCAUCUACAUCAUCUGUGGGGCAUUUCAGCUGGUAGCUGGCGUUUUCUUUAUUAUAUCUGUACCAGAAUUUCAACCAUAUUCCACUAUAUUCACUGGAUCAUGGAAUAUUAUAAUAGGCAUCGCUGGAGGCAUGAUUGCCUGCAUAAAUCCAUUGACUCCAAGGAGACAGGAAAUCUUCCUUUACCUAUCAGUUACCAUAUUAACAGUAAAUUUCGUCAAUAUUAUCAUAACUGAGUGGGAGAUGUACUUUAUAGACAUACAAAAGCUACAUAGAAAUCAUUCAAACCACAUGCUUAUAGAUUACGCUUGUUUUGCAACCCGAAUUGCCGAAGCAUUGGCUGUGGUCGUGUCCCUCCUAGACAGUCAGUUGUCUUUCUGCUCGAUGCACGUGACGCCGCCAAGAGACGUCAAGCUGCGAAGAUCGCACGAGCAACCAAAGUCUUCCAAACCGCACACCGUCUACGACGCGUACGCGCGCAGCUGGGUCUUCGACGCGGAAAACGCGGGAACGUCGACCAACCCGAAAGCCCACCAAAAUGGCGCCACCCCAAAAUCCAUCGUCAAAGACAAACCCAACGGCGUCGUCAAGGACACGACGCACCUCAUCGACAACCCCGUAGUGCAGAUCGAGGAGGCCUCGGACGACAGCAACAGCAACAGCGACCGGAAGUUGGGCCACAUGAAGAGCUUCUCCAGAUCCGCCUCUCCCGUGAUGAGCUCCUCGCAAGUCAGCCUCAACUCCAACCCGCACCCGCAGAUCUUCGAGUGCCUGGAGAAGCUCACCGAGCCAACUAUAUACAGAAGCAGGCUGAACACCGCUGUGAGCAGCAAGAGCGACGAGGAACCGCACUACCACACGCCCCAGGCGGUGAUGGUGCGACGCGUGGAAUCCAUCAGUCCCCGUACGGAGAAAGUGCAGUACGCGUCGCUCAUGAAAGAGCUGCAGCGGCGAAUCAAGAAGGACCCGCCCAGCGUUGUCACGUCGCCGAGUACUAGUGCCAGCGAUUCCGCCGGAAAAAACAGCGAUGCCGAGUUCAGCAAAGAGUUGGAGGCCGCCCUUCAGCUGAUACAGGAUUUGGAAAGCCCCAACACCGUAGAUACCCCUUCGGAAACGAAGGAUGCCACACCUCUGGCGGUGUGGAGAAACAGUGACGCUAGUGAGAGUGACAAGACGCUUAGUGCUGUGGGAUCGCUGGCGGAGCUAACGUCGCCACUGGCGGAGUGUCAGCCUGCAGUGAAGGGAAAUAGAGGAAAAGGUGAUACAACAGCUGGGUGUGCCAAGGACUGAAUCUUAGUUAAAUAAAGAGGAGUUUUAAACAUUUAAAAAAUUAAGAAUUAAAAAUACCUAAAUGUUAGCAGCCUUCGUCCAUAUUUCACUUUGCUGUUUUUGAUGAAUAAAGUUGUCUAUUUUUUCGCCCUGUAUAAUUCUUUAUGUACAUACAUAACUGUUAUUAUAUAGUUAUAUAGUUUAUAUUAUAGUUCUAUUGUAUAUAUUUAAAUUCCCUAUCCUUUUAUAGAUUAAACAUUCCAUGAACAGAUAAGUUUUU